UACGUUUCUUGACUAAGUUGGUUAUCAUGCUUGUUCGUUUUUUAUAUCUAGCCGCCUUCUUCACCCUGGUUGUUGGGUUCAUUCAAGAAGUAACAUUUUAUACUGAACCAGGUUACCAAGGCUAUGCGUAUCGAUUCCGAACUAAAGAAGCGGACCUGACACCACACUACACGGAUCUGUUACUACAAGUAAAAUCAUACUGCUACAUUGGAUCUUGGAACGGAUACUAUCGAACUAACUUUACUAGUGAGCGAACUUUUUCCCCAGGUUCAGCUCAAUCUAUGACUUGUGACAAUGGAACAUUUCCUGAAACUCAGUCUUUAAGAUAUUUUGGACCCUUGAAUGUAACAACGCCGUCUAUUUCCGUUUAUCCCGGAGUUUAUGCUGGUGGACCCGAGAUAACGAUCAUGGCACCAGCAGCGAAUAAUUUUGAAUUUCUUCCCAACCGUGUCGUUCUUACGGGGGCCUCAAGCUGGACGGGUUUCGAGAACAACAAUUUUACCGGGCUGUCACACUGUUACUCGUCGACAUUGCUGAUACAAUCAUUUAAUUCGUAUCCAUAUCCUACCAGGUCAAUAAUUAGGGGUUGUGACCCUAUUUAUAAUAGUCGGUAUGUUCAUUACUGAAACAAAUUUGUCAACUGGACAGGAACAAUGGGUUUAAACGUUUAUUAUGAAUAUUAUGUGGCGAGUAAAUAAAUAAAUUAUCAGAAAUAAAAUCUA